CUUAACAAUAUACAUAAAUCUUGCAAAGAGGCAACCACUGUUUAUCUGGAAGGGAAAGUAUCAAGUGGAAACCGUCCACUUGACACGGGUAUGCUAAGGAAGGGGAACUCGUAGAUCAGUGCUAAACAUGAGGGGUUUAUGAAUUAAUAUAUUGAUCCAAGAAUACUCCUCCUUUUGUCCCAUCAUGUGAUAGAUGAACUAGGGCCGGCAAUGGUACACAAUUUCAUUCCAACCAAUUCAUGUACCAACCGUACCAAAUACGUUGGUAUACCAUCAAAUCGGUAUACGGUACAUGGUAUAGUAUACCGUACCAGCUUCAAAAUACGGUACGGUAGGUGGUACACAUUUUCCCUCUACCAUGGUAUACCGUACCUACCAACUUAUAUAUCCAUUUCACAACCCCUCAGUUAAUCUCAACCCUCCAUUCAAAAGCUCCUCCUUCAAAACGAUCGAUCCCUAUCUACUCAUCUUCACAUCUCAAACCUCAAACCAGAUCUGGAUUCUGGCCAGUCCCCGCCCUCUCCUCCGCCCUCGACACGAGUCACAACGACAUCCCCUUGCUCAGAUCAGCGUCGCCGCCGGCGCCCUCACCCUCGCGGCCUCGACCUCCCCCUCCUCCUCUCCGACUCCACCGCUCGAGGCCCUAUUCAAGGAAAUUCUUUCUUCCUUUUGUGGUAGACUAAGUGAACUAUUCAGCAAGCCUUCAGUAAUGGAGACAGCAAAGACUCUUAAAGUAGUUCUCCAUGAGUUACCAGGAGGAGCUGAGGCUUUUGAGCUCAUAACAAGGUUUUGCUAUGGCAAUGGCAGGGUUCAAUUGAAUCCAACCAACACUUGCAUCCUUCAUUGUGCUGCCCAUUUCAUGGAUAUGAACAAGGAAGGCCUAAUCAAAGAGACAGAGAAAUCCCUCGAAGGGAUUUCACAUUGGAUGUGGACGGAGGUUAUUCAUUCUCUGAAACAAUGCCAGCAUUUUAUUCUGAUUGCUAGCUCCUCUGGUGUCUUAGACAAGGUCUUGGAUUCUCUAGUAGGAAGAAUUGCUACUCCAGUUGAUGCUAGUCCUCUUAGCAAAUUAUACGGAAAGAAGAGACUUGCAGAGGUGUAUGAGGGUGAUAAGAAGGAUUCCUAUUAUUUAGAGGAAUGUUUGGCUUCUCCGAAUCUGAUUGAACCUGGAUGCAAAGGAGCACAAUGAAUCAAAACAACCAAACCAGUAGAGGUCAGUGAAGCAAGUUCUGCCCGAAUAUCCAGUUUAUGUGUCCUUAAUUAAUGCAUCCUGUAUAUUAUGAGUUGGGAAAGCUGUUGUGCUUCUUAAGUUGUUCUUCAUUUUUGUUGUUGUUUUCUAUUAUUCAUUAUCUAUGCGUAGGAUUUGCUUUACU